ACCGGCAUUAUUUCUUUCUCCAUUACAAUCGCAAGGGCCCAAUUCUACUUGUGUGUGUGUAUAUAUAUAUAUAUAUAUAGAACACACCGACUUUGCAUCUCGUUCUUCCUAACAAACUUCGCCGGAGCUCUAAUCGGCGAAACUAGAAACUGAAAAAUCUCAUUCCUUUUUUCGUUGGAAUCUGCACAAGAUCAAGAUCUAAAGGUUUUUGAUUUUAUUUGUUUGGUUGCAAACUUUACCUUUCGGAGAUGGUGGUGAGAGCAGCCGGUGGUGCGUCUCUGCAUUGGUCACAGCCGAUUCUUCAUCAUUCUUCGUCUCCAUCACAGUCAUUCGCCUCCUCUAUCUCUACGCCGUCUCUAAAACGACGAUGCCGGAGCGACGGAGCUCUGGUCUGCCGGUACGUGCGCAGACUGGAGCGCUCUGCUCUGUUUGGGACGCAACCGACCGGACUACACAGGUCUCGAUCCUGCGAGUUUCUGAAGUCGAAGUCGAAUACUUUAAGGAGAGUUUGCAGCGCAAGCUUAGAUGCCUUUUCCGAUGAAGAAUUUUCAAAGGAAAUUCAGGAAUUGGCGCUGAGAUUCCAGUUAUCAGACGAUAACGAGAACAACAAUGGCAGCAACGCCGAAGGUGAUGGUGGAGACGGUGCAAGCCAAAGCCAAGAAGAAUCUUUGGAAUCAAACAGCAGUGGCGUUAACAAUUUUGCAGAAAAAGAGGAGUCUUCAUGGCGAGAAACACCAGAUUGGUCAGACAGAGGAGAGGAAAUAAUUCCAGCGAGCAUUGAGCGGAAGGCGAACAGCGUCGACGUUCCACUUUCACGUCGGAUGAUACAGAAGAAGCUACAAUUGCAAGACGGUUUCAGAGAGGCCGGUGAAUCAGCUUAUUGUUCUGUGAAGAAGGCCUUCUCGUCGAUGGUGUUUAUAAUCCGAGAACUUCACAGUUACACCUUGCAAAUGAGGGGACUCCUCCUCUAUGAAGAUCUACAGGGCAUUCUUGUUCGGGUGCAGAAGGAGAUUCAUGCUUCUUUUGUGUGGCUAUUUCAGCAGGUGUUUUCACAUACUCCCACCCUCAUGGUGUACGUGAUGAUCCUGUUAGCGAACUUCUCAGUGUAUUCCAUGGGCAACACCGCCAUUGCAGUUCCUUCCCCACCUGCGUCUUAUGGUUCAGUGGUGGAAAUUCAAAACCAGAACCAUCAAAAGUUUGAUUCUUCAACCAUGAAGACGUUCACUGUAUCUUCUACCAAGGGGAAUGGAAAAACCACUUCAAUUGGCGGUAGCAAUGGGGGUGGUGGCAAAUUCCGACCGGUUGCUAGCGGCACAGACGGUGAUGGGGGUUUUGAGAGGACAGACCAAUUUAGAACAAUUAUCCCGGCCGGUGCUUCUAAGUUGUCAUCUUAUGGAACAACAAGAGAGGCAGAGUCAACUUCAGAGCAAAUUAUCAGCGAAGAAGAGAUGAGUCUGUGGAAUUCAAUUGUUGAUGAAGCUUCGAAAAUGCAAUUAAGAGAUGAAGCUCUUGAGCCUGAAACCAUAAAGAGACUCAUUUCACCUCUGAGGGUGAAAAUUGAGCCUGAUGAUUUUGCAGAUUACUCUAGAACUGAGCUUGUUUAUCAAGCAGCGUUGCUAGAAGAGCCUAAUAGCCCUCUUCUUCUUGCCAACUAUGCCCAAUUCCUCUUCCUCGUUUCACACGACUAUGACAGAGCAGAGGAAUACUUUAAAAGAGCAACAGAAGUAGAGCCAGCAGACGCUGAGGCAUACAGCAAAUAUGCAAACUUUUUAUGGAGAAUAAAGAAAGAUUUGUGGGCGGCGGAGGAGACCUUCCAGGAGGCCAUUUCUGCAGAUCCCACCAACUCUUACUACGCCGCUAACUAUGCCCAUUUUCUCUGGAACACCGGCGGCGAAGACACCUGUUUCCCCCUUGACGCCCCUGAAGAAGCGUGAACAAGUUAAAGCAGCAGAACAAACACACCCCCACUAUACAUAAGCAGGGAUUUGUCCAACCAUUUGUUUUGCGAAUAGUAAUAGUACUAAAAAUUAAAGAGAGUAAAGGAGAGAAGAGUUGAUGUUUUGAAUUUUGUGUUGAGAAGAGGAAUUUUGGGCAAAUUCAUGGGGGAAGUGGCAACACUGGUGGAUGCUUGUUGCGCUUGCGCGCAGGCAGGCUGGGUGGCACUCGGAUCUACAUAUGGUUAGAAACGACAUCUGGGGAUUGUGGCUCCUUUUGGUUUUCACAAACCAAAUAAGAAAUUGUAAUUAGACCCUUUUUGUUUUUGGUCAAUAUAAAAAUUUCAUUUUA